CCACCUAUCCGCAGCUGGUCCAACGCAUGGAAGAUAUACUGCGGCGGCUGCUAGUUACUGAAAGAUACGAUUCUGUCAGUAAUUUUUUGUCGUUAUAUAGGAUGUAUAUGAAGUCACAGAAACCACUUCGAGAAGUCUUUGACGAUUACAUACCAAGGACACGGCCAUUUAGACACACUUGCGUUGGGCUGGGUCUCGAAUUGCUAAGGCGCUAUUCAUGCCUAGAAUCUCGAUUCCCAGGGGUAAGAAAAUCAAUGGCGUUAUUGUCCUGCGAAGAAUCUAUCAAAGAACUGCAAGCUUACGUUUCUUUGACCCAGGGGCCUCACCAUCUGCUUGCCCCUGAUAAGGAGCAUGUACUUGUAGGUCUUCCAAUAUCACUAGAUGGUAGGCGUGGACUGAUGAUCGCGGACCCUGGCUACCACAUUGGCAGAAUUAUCACUGUCAUGGUUGACGGCAACGAUCCUCACACUGGCUGGUUUAACCAGACUAACGAGCCAGACUCGAUUAAAGAUUACUGUUAUGCGUUCAGUGAAGUCAACAAUGAAUACGUUAUAUGGCACGAGCGGGUUGAGCGCGAGACGGAGACAAAGAAGCAGGUGGCGCUCAUUUAUGCGACCAGGCAGUACUGCGACGGAAUUCAGAUCACAGAAAAGCGAAACUUAGUGUAUAGGUUAAGGAGCUUUGUGUCACGCGACUACACCGGUAGGGUGACCGCUGGCAUAGGGUUUAUUAUAAAAGCUAAUUUGAACGAUUUAGGUUUUUCGUUGUUCUAUCAGAUAAAUAGAAGACGUCGUAAAUUUAAGCUUAGGUUUAAGGAUUUCGAGGACAUUAGCAACCUCGACGAAACUACUUUAAAUCAUAUUUAUCUUUGUAAUGGACAGAUGCAGCUCCCUAAAGGUAAACUCCUCUCCCUUAUUCAACAGUUGAGCAAAGUGGUGGCAGACCAGGCUUUCACAGCUCAGUGCUUAGACAUUAAUUCACACAUCUGCCAGUUGUGUAUUUGACAGUGUCAACAAGAUUAAGCUAAGAGGCAAAGUGAGUCCGCUCAUGAGGCUCUUUAAGAGGCACGUCCGACGACGGUACAGGAAAUCGCUUAAAAUAUCUUUGUGUUUGUUGUUUAUUUAUAUUUUCAUUUCGCAUUAUGCACAAACCUUUUAUGGUUAAUUUUGUUUUGUACUUUCAAAGUUAUUCAUUCCGCACGGUGAAAUAAUUUUUAGUUUUUUGAAACUGAAGACCAACACUUGGUUAUUAGAUUUUAUUAGCCGCCAAGCUAAUGGGCAUUCCUGGGGUGCGCUCCAGAAAGCCUCAUGGCUUGGUUGCUGAAGCAUCUAACGACUCAUGUCUACUUGUAUGUGAGGUAAAGGAUAACAACGUUUUCAGUUUCAAAAAACCAUAAUUCACUGUGCAGAAAUAAUGAUUUUAUAAAUUCUUUAAACGAUGGUCCAAAUGUGAGGCUUUAGAUACACUUGCCCAUUUUUCUCAACUUUUUGGGAUUUCUGCUAAUUUUAAAGAUCGAUAGGACCAUCUGUACUAUUGUUUACUUACCAACAUAGAUAUUUAAACGAUUCCUGUACAUUGUAUUCGGCGUGACUUAAAGAAACUCAAGAGUAUUAGUACCCCAGUGUUAAUUCCAUUUUUAUGUCUAUACUCUGUUUAGGGAAGAAAUGGGAAGAGAACAAAAUUCAAAAUCCAAAAAAAAAAUCGCAACACUCAGCAGCAGAUAAAGUUAUUAUUAGACUACCUUCCCAAAAAAAGAAAAAUAGUUUCAGUAUUCUUUUUAUUUAUCAUCUAUCUCUGUUACAAUUGGUGAUGCCAGGAUCUAAUGAGACCUACGCAAAAUCUCAAGGUAUACUCACAACAUACGUCAACCGAAAAGAUCUCCUCUUUUUGGACAAUUUGUUAUCAAGUUCAGUCUUGAUACCCAGUUCCAGUUAAGAUGAUAUUAAACAGGAUAGUACAUACUUGAACCAUUGAGCUGUUCUUAUAAGUCCGCUUCAAUCGACCUGUUUUCUUCCCCGAACAAAAGUAUGGAGAUGUUUAUUUAUGUUAGGAAAAAUAUACUAAAUUGGAUUAGCAUAGCGAAGCAGGGGCGGAUUAUUUGGCAACAUUUCACACAUUUGCAUGUUGUUUUCCUCAAAACUGGAAACGUUAAUGCCCAAAGAUACGCGUCCGACAAUUCAAAAAUACAUUAUCUAACUACGUAACGUAGUGAAAGUCAUUAGUAUUUUUUUAAGACUUGAUUUUUUGAUUCGUGCAACACAUAAUCUGCUACUUCACUGUAGAGGUUAUAUUUCCGUUCGGAUUAACACUAGGGUACUGACUUUGCUUUUUAGCUGAGUAACAGAACAAUUGCAUAUCAAGGAACUAAAGUUGUUACCAUCCUGAAUAUAGGUCGAAGGACUCAUUUGAUAAUGGGUGCUGAAAGUUUGAUGUAGAGCCGGAGGUAUUAAACUAGACCAGGACUCGACCCCGCUCUGUAGGAGUAGGCAGGGCUGCAGUAUAAGAUUAGAAAUGGGUGGUCGGUAAUUGUUCUGCUAUUUGUACCCACCGAUUUUAUACCACCUACAAAAUAUACGGUAUAGAAUUCAGGUGACGGUACAUAAAUUCACGGAUUAUGACAGUAGGGAUAACAAGGAUAUUGAGAUAGAAUUUUGCUAAUCGUUAGCACUUAAUAUAGCAAUUAGAUCUUUGCUUGAUGAAAUAAGGCCUAGGAAGAUACUUGUGGAAGCAAUAUUUAACAACAAAAUAAGACUUCCAAGUACCUACAACUACACGUUCAAUGAUUAUGAUGUAGUUGGACAUUCGGGAUGUCAAUGUGUCCGGGUGCUACUAACGUGAUCUAGGUCGCGCGGCGCGUCCCACUGCCAAACGCACACAAGCGCGUGACCCACCGGCACGCACACAAACACCCAUCGUGCGGACACGUCGGCCUCGUCAAGGAACUAGGCCGAAAAACUCGCGCAUGCGCCGUCGACGACAUUCAGAUAAUGCUUCACUAAUUAGUCAAGCAUUAUCUUGGCAAUGUUGGCAUUGCGCUUGCCUCUAAACAUGAUAUCAAAAAAUAAAGAGCCGCUCAUCUGGCUCCGAAAAGCACAAUACCACAGCAUUUUUAUAUUUUAAACAGUUCUAAUAAAAUAAAACAAAUACAUUUUAGAUGACACAAAAUUCUUAAAUAUGUUGAUUUCGUUUAUUGUAACUGUUUCUGAACAUUGAAGAUUUUAUUCUAAUACGGUAAAAAAAUAUCAUUUGGCAACGAAUCAAUAGAAUGAUAUUGGCUUUCCUAUAAUGAGCGAGACAUAAAAACGUCAACAUAAAGAUUGGACAAGGGCGCGCGACAAUUAGGUACAUAAUUCCGAAUUAUGUAAAUAGCGUACUGUCGUACAGCGAUUAGCAGCCCUUCCAGCCAAGUGACAAUUCUACAAUUGUUAACGUCAAUAGAAAACCAAGUAACUUUUCGAAACGAAAUGUCAUUUCCAUACAUGGACGGUAACGAUUGUAGAAAUGUCAUUUGACUGGAAUGGCUGCUGACACCAAAACGAUCACUGUUAGCGCCACACUCGUUUUAAUGACUGAUUAUAAUAAACAAUUAUGAUAAAAGAUUUACACACGAAUGGCAGAUUUUGAAUUAAAUAGAUUUGUCUGAGUGGAGUAAGCCAAGUCUGCACCAGCUUGCCAAAUAUUUUAUUUAAAAAGGGAGAAAAGUUUACCAAAAACACAAUAACUUAAAUAUUUCUUGUAUAAUUGAGAUGUUGGUUAUAAAAUGUAUAGAACUUAAGGGUUAAUGCAUGCAAUUUUAGUACACGCGUACACAAGUAGGUGACGCGUUUUCGUUGCGAAAAUAUAUGUUAUUGCCAUAAGUUGUAAAUGUUGCUUUACCAAUAGUAAAUAAUUAUGUUGUAGGAAAGACAUUUCUGUAAACUGAAAUCUGUCUUAAUAUUAUAUACGAAGCAGAUGUUUGCGUAUAUCAAUGUUUUUGUCAUAAUAAUAAAUAAACCUACAUUUCUAUAUAAUAAGGUUUAUAACCGAUGUGUCAUUCUAUUAAAUGACUUUGUGUAAUGCAUUUAAUGUUUAAAUAUAAUUUAAUGAUUGUCCGAAAACGGAAAAAUGAAAAAUAAUAUAAAAUCAAUAAAAAAAACAUGUAUGUUUUGCUUGUGGGUUCAAUGUUGCUGUAUUAUAAUGAUUGCUUAUAUGAUAACAAGAAGGAUGGUUUAAGUAACUUGCGAUCUGUCACCUGUCACAACACCUUUCGAUAAAUGAUUUCGUCGUACUGGUGUGUAAAGGAAGGUGCUCUGAAAAGUAUCUUAAAGAUUGGAAAAUUGUACUUAAAACAAUAGGUGUGAUGAAAAAUAAAAAAAAAACCAUUGAGUACAACUUAAUGAACAAAAACAUGUAGUCGAUGUUUAGGUUUAAGAAAGUAGACAUAUUAAUCAGUAUUAGAAUGAUUGAAAUACAAAAUCUCGAGUUUAAAAAAAAACCUAUAUAAAUUACAGGACUUUCAAAGUGAAUUGAUAUCGAAUUUAGUAUGUAAGAUAUAUAUUACAGGAAAAUAUAUACUUGACGUGUAUUUAAUACCACCUAUCUAGUCAUAAGGAUCAAUGUUUUGAAAAGUACCUACUAAUUUCUUUAAUCACUAAACUUCAAAUUAAUAGGUACCUACUUACCUUCUAUUUCAAUGCGUUUGAAUAGCAAACAGCAGAAGAAGAAAAACAAUACCUAAGUAAUAUUCAUGUAAUAGAUGUUUAAGAAUAAACUCUGAAUGUCGUGUUUUAAAUGUUUUAUGAUAGCCAUAUAUAUUGGCAUUAGUAGGUACAGUUCUUUUCAGAAAGUGGAAAGACGUGAGAUGGAAUAGAGUGCCAACAAAGAUCAAAAAUGUUUAUGGGCUAAAAACAAAUGCCAAGUGAAUUGUGCGUAUGGCGUAUGUAUUGUUAAUAUCUCAAUGUUUCAAGAGCUCAUUAGGAACUAAAAUGUAAAAGCGAAGGACUAGGGUAUUUAAAUCUCUGGAAUGACUGUUUAGAUAUUAAGAACAUGUAAUCGAUAGCUUUAAGGUUUCAUUCUGAAUGUCUUAGGCUUAGGGAAUGGCGUAACCAGGCUGAAGCGAUUUUAAUAUGUUGUAACGAUUUUUCCUAAACAACUGUUUUCAAAAUUCUUAAAAGUGAAACACAUGAAGUUGCGGUUCAGUAAUCGGAAAGCAGUUUCCAACUAUGUUUUAAGUACAUGGACUCUAUAAAUAUGUAUUUGUCAAAAUUACAAGUGGAAAUAAGUUCUCCAGUGAGAAAAAUAUCCCAUGUUACAUAUAAUUCUUCAGACUGACAACAAUUCUUAAAGAAACUCUUCUCAAAAAACUAUUUCUUAAAUAUAGUAUACUUAAUAUUCGCUGCAUUCGCUAAGAACAGGUUAAGAGUAUUUUGAAUAAAACAAUAAAUUAACAUCACUGAUCAAAAAGGACUGAUUGCCAACGAAAUUAUUAGCUCUAGAUUUUUUUAACUCUAUACACUUUCGUAAGACUUUGAGAAAAAAGACUAUUUUACUAUCACCGAAUUGUUGUUACCGCAUUUACUUACUAAAGAAAUAAAGUCUGAGAAACACAACAAACACCAUUUACAAAAAGGUUCCAACACAAAAGCUCUUUUACCAGCUUUUCUUUAAGAUUUGAGCAUUGAAAGGUAAAUGGUGUUUUUACUGAGCAAAAUAAAGGCAAUUUGACUUUCUUGCUCAUCUUGGUUUUUACAUCGUGAAAGACUGAAUUUGAAACCUGCUCAUGACUAUUACUUACCUACUUAGACUCGGUAAAGCACUUAACUUGUUCUACGCGAAAUUCUGGACUUGGUUACGCCUAUUUACAGUAGGCUAGUGAUUAACUAUACUAAACGGAAUUGGAUAGCAGUAUAGGCUAAGACCUAAAGAUUACCUAUCUUCCUAUAAUACCUAAAAUAUGGUCUAAUAUAGCCUAGGUAAUUGUAUGAUAAAAAUGCUGGGUUUUUUUGUAAACAGAUAUUUUUUAAAGAUUUGUCUUUGCUAUCAAUAUUUUUAAAAUGGAUAGAGAUACAUUAAUUUUACACAAACACAUAUACUGGUCUUUCGUUGGUUUGCUUAAGAAGACUAUAUUUGUGAAAAAGUAUAUUGAAAACAUAUCUGACUUAACCAAAAAUAUCUGUAGCUGUCGUUUAUAUUCUGGACCAAAAUCUUGUCCAUAAAUGGAAAAGGAACAGAAUAUUUGCGUUGAGUAAAAUUAUUGUAUCUCCAACUGAUUUCUAUCAUAUAUUUUUUAGGUUUUUAUUACUUUACAAAAUUGACUGUAUGUAUGUACUAUGUAUGAUAUAAGUACUCUCUUAUUGUAUACACAAAGAUGCAGGCCUCUAAUGUUAAUCACAAUUCUACUGUAAUAUUUAUUCCAAAUAAAAAAUACCAAAAAAAGUA